UAGAAAUUUGAAGCUCGUUAUUAAAAAACGCGUGGCUACUUUUCCGCUUCCUCUUCCAUUACGCCCGUGUACUUUGCUGAGUCCUUAAAUUCUCGUAAGGUAUCCCUAUUCUCACUUCAAGAUGGGUAGGGAGGACAAAGCAUCCUGGAAAUCAAACUAUUUCCUAAAACUCAUUCAAUUGUUGGACGAUUACCCAAAAUGUUUCAUCGUGGGCGCGGACAAUGUUGGUUCAAAGCAGAUGCAGCAAAUCCGUAUGUCCCUGCGUGGAAACGCAGUGGUACUUAUGGGAAAGAACACCAUGAUGCGUAAAGCCAUCCGUGGUCACAUUGAACGCAACGCGGCGUUGGAAAAAUUAUUGCCACACAUCCGCGGUAACGUUGGGUUCGUUUUCACCCGUGGCGACCUCGUCGAGGUUCGUGACAAGCUGGUGGAGAACAAAGUACGGGCUCCAGCUCGUGCUGGUGCGAUCGCCCCACUCAGUGUCAUCAUUCCGGCACAAAACACUGGUCUGGGUCCAGAGAAAACUUCUUUCUUCCAGGCUCUUAGUAUCCCCACCAAGAUUUCCAAGGGUACUAUUGAAAUCAUCAACGAUGUCCACAUCUUGAAACCUGGUGACAAAGUCGGAGCUUCAGAAGCAACACUUCUGAACAUGUUGAACAUCUCUCCGUUCUCGUACGGUCUUUUGGUCGAACAGGUUUACGACUCUGGCACCAUUUUCGCUCCAGAAAUCUUGGACAUCAAGCCAGAAGAUUUGAAAGAGAAAUUCAUGGCUGGAGUUGCCAAUUUGGCAGCAGUUUGUUUGGCUGUCGGCUACCCGACAGUCGCCAGUGCUCCUCACAGCAUCGUCAAUGGAUUCAAGAACUUGUUGGCUGUGGCUGCAGUUACUGACGUUGAGUUCGAACAAGCCAAGACCAUCAAAGAGUUCAUCAAGGAUCCCAGCAAAUUUGCCGCCGUUGCUGCCGCUCCAGCUGCCACAGCAGCCGCCGCUGCUCCAGUUGCUGACAAGAAGGAAGAAAAGAAAGAAGAUUCUGAAUCCGAGGAUGACGAUAUGGGUUUCGGUCUCUUUGACUAAAUCAAUAAUUUUAUUUAAAAUCUCGAUCACGGAUCAUAUGUACGCAAUUAAUUUGCUGCUACCGUUUUUUACCAACGUCCAAAUAAAUUGACCAUCAAUUAAAAAACAA